GCGCCUGGGUGUGAGCGCGGGAAGAUGGCCGAGCCGGUGUCCAAGUCUGUGCUGUUCGUGUGUCUGGGUAACAUCUGCCGAUCACCCAUUGCAGAAGCAGUUUUCAGAAAGCUUGUAACUGAGCAAAAUCUUUCAGAUAACUGGAGGAUAGACAGUGCAGCGACAUCCACAUAUGAAAUAGGGAACCCUCCUGACUAUCGAGGGCAGAACUGCAUGAGGAAGCAUGGUAUUCCCAUGACUCACGUUGCCCGGCAGGUUACCAAGGAAGACUUUGCCACGUUUGAUUAUAUACUUUGUAUGGAUGAAAGCAAUCUAAGAGACUUGAAUAGAAAGAGUAAUCAAAUUAAAAACUGCAAAGCUAAAAUUGAACUCCUUGGGAGCUAUGAUCCACAGAAACAGCUUAUUAUUGAAGACCCCUAUUAUGGGAACGAGUCCGACUUUGAGACCGUCUACCAGCAGUGUGUGAGGUGCUGCAGAGCUUUCCUGGAGAAGGCCUGCUGAUGUCGCACCCGUGCCCCCGGCCCCCGGCGAGCCCCACAGGAGCCACAGUGAGGUCGCAGCUGCUUCUUCGGUUGACCCUGUUUCUUAAAUGCUUGUAGAUGGAAAUCAGUUACUGUAUUUGGCAAAUAAAUAGAAAUGUUUCAUCCAGUUUGUGGGGUACACAAAGCGUUCCUGACGAGUUGAACUCCCACUUUGCCCCGGUUACAAAAAUCGUGGGACACGACCCCCAGAGCACAGAGACCUCCAGCAUCCCCUUCAGGCCGUGUGGGCACACGAGCUCCGCCUCUUCCUCCCUGAGUUUGCAGACCACCGACGGGGACGAUGCCCUCCGCUGCCUCAUGACCCCUUCUCGCCAGGGCCCCCAUCCAGCCCAGCGGGCCAUCCGUGGGAGCUCACCCCAGCUCACAGUGCACACCGUUGACGUAGAAAGUGGGAAAGAGAGUUAGGUGUCCAUCUUUAGAAUAUUUAAUGCUUGCUAGUUUUUGUCUGUCUGUCUGUCCGGUUUAUUUCACAGGGAAGUCAGCUUCUUUCCAUUUGAACCAUUUUGCCUCUGGAAAUUUAAUUCCAUCCAGAAGGAAAGUCACUGUAUGCUGGUUUUGCUUUUAAAUGCUGUGUGACCCAAAUGUCAAAUGUAGAUGAGCUCAGGUGGAGAAAAAAUUAUUAAAAAGUUGGGAAAAGUUCUUUUAUGUUGGAAUGCUU